AGGGAUCAAAUCAGAAGUGUAAACAGAGAGUUGCCACGCCCACAGUGGGACUCCAUCCAGCCGUCUUCAGGAGACGCUCGACCAAUCGCUGAGAGGAGCGACACCUCUCACUGCUCUGCUGCUGCACCUGAGUCUCGGGUGUCAGGUGGAAGAAACAGACAGGAUUUAACGCCAGCACUGGAAGAAGAGAUUUGUUGUUUACCGCACCACAUGGUCACGUCAUGAAAACCUGGUACCUGUUCCUGCUGGUCUACCUGCUGGGGAGCUGCUGCGAGGCUUCGAAACACCACAAAAAUGAAGCAUGCAAGCCUGAAGAAGACUUCAAGCCGGGCUCCACGCAGGCCUUCCUCCAGUGCGUGGGCUUGCCGUCCACGGACACUAAGAAAGAGCACGUGCGGGCUCUCAAAGACCUGCUGGAGGCCACGAUGGACUUGUACACCUUCAUGAGAACAAGCCUGAAAGGGGUGCCGGUCCUCAGUAUGAAGGGGGCUCUGGAAUGGACCCCGGACAGAGAGUUUGAGAACGAAGACCUGGUGAAGAUGUGGCUGGAGAUCAAGAUUCAACCGAUGCUGAAAUCCAUCUCCAAACAGUUCCUAGCAUGUUUAAGCACCAAGAACUUCAGCUGCUCCACCUACCAGACUGUAGUGAAGCAGCUCAGCCACCAUUUCUUAGAGAUGGAUGAAACUCGACAGAGGUGGAUCUACAUGUUCUUCAUGAUUCCCUUCCUGUCAGGACACAAUGUGAAAGGUUGUGUGAUGCAAAAUGAGAGCAGCGAGGAAUGGCUGCUUAAGAACUUUGGCUACUUCAAAGCCAUGGCCCGGUUCAGCGACUUCACCAAGAUCAACCUGGCUUUCCGUGGUCUGGAGGUCUUACAUCUGCUGACGUCCAGCCAGACGGCGGAGAUGCUGCUGGUCUCGGACUUGAAGGAAUUGAACGAUGACAUGCAGGCUGGCAUCCUCCGCAGUCUGUCACUGAGGGAAGCUGGUCCUGGUCCCAGAGGGCCACGUGGCGGGGGCCACCGUCGGCCCGGCCCGGAACACAACUCCACCUCAAUGUCCAAAUCUGUGUACAAGCCACCUUCGCCGGAAGAUCACGUCAGAUGGGUCUUUAACGACUUCCUCUCCGCGAUGAGACCAGUUGGAAAUGUUGUUCACAAGUUUGUGUCUUUGACCCACAAGAAGAAAGAGUCGGAAAUGACGGGCGCGGUUCUGACCCAGUUCGCGCUGGACUGCGCUCUGGCUGAAAUGGCCAACAGGUACAAGCCGCAGGUCCAGGAGAAGCCCGAGUUUGACGUGUUGGAUUUGGAGGACUGGUACGAGCAGGUGGUGAUGCCGUUGCUGCGCCGCUUCCUGCCGCACCACGUGCUUCCCCUGCAUGAAAACGUCAGGCUUGCGUUCGAGGAAGUCUUCUACCUGGAUCGCCACAUGGACGAACAAGACCCGGAAAUUGAGGACGUCUGCAGCAUCACUCUCAACAAGAGACCCUGUGUGCUGACUGACACGGUGAAAAACGUCGCUCAGGUUCUGCAUUGCGCUGCUCGCGCCAACCUCGAACUGGACGAACAGACGGUCAUGUGGUUGAUAAACGAAAUGUUAAAGCGCCUGAACUCGGUGCUGGAGGAGCUGACCACAUCAAACGUCCUGAUGGAGGAGAUUCAGGAGAUCUUCACCGAGGAGGAUUCUCAGUCCAUGACAGAGGAACAUCUCAAUGACCCCGAGUUCAUCAGACUCUGGUUCAAGGUCAAGAUGAUGCCCCUCCUGCCCAACAUUUCUGCAGAUCUUCUCUUGUGCCUCAGCACCAAGAACUUCACCUGUCUGACCUACCAAACCAUUGUGGGAGCUUUCAGCCAGCAGAGCAUUGGCUCCAUAUAUGGUCACAGGAUCUACGAACACUUCAUCUUUCCCUUCCUACACGACUACUACAACACUUCCAAGUGUUUGUCCAACGACAGCGCCCAGUGGCUGAAGUUGAAUUUAGGUUUCUUCCUGGAAUUUGCCAAGCUCACCGAACUUAUCAUGCUGAACCCACAUUUCAAACCGCUGGAGGUUCUGCCACUCUUAACUCCAGAGCACCUGGUGGACCUCUUGCUCUUGGAUCUUCAGAGCCCUGCAGAGAGAAGAAUCAACAAGGUGUUCGACUUCCUGCUCAGGGAACCGGAGAAAUUCCCAGCCGUCUUGCGGUUACUCCCUAAAAAGGCUGAAGAGGUCGGCCCUCCUUGCAGUGUGUACAGGAUGAUUUUCAAGCGUUUGAACGAAGCCAUGGCAGUGCGGCCUCUGGAGGACCAGUUCAUUGGGGAGACUAUUGAGAAGCUCCUCAACUCUGCACCAGAGGAGUGUGUGACCAAUGACAUCGCGUGCCCGAUCACAAAGAUCAAUGGGGCUCUGACCUGCAGAGAGGUUGACAGCUCCCACCUGGAGAGGCACCUCAACACGUCCAUGGGAAUCCCUUGCAACUUCACUCUGAAGGAAUACGCCUGCGCUCAGCUCCAGACCUUCUCAGCCGAUCACCUGGCGUCGCUGAUGAUGUGUGAGCUCCCCGGACCAGGCAGCAAGUCCAAAACUCUGUGGAAGAUGGUUUUGACCAAAGUCUUCUCAGUCUGGGACCCAGCUUUGGACAAGCUAGACCAGAUGCUCCCGCCUGGGCGCGGCCCUCCAGCAGCCACAGAACUCUUGGACCUGUUCAGAGAGAUGAAGCUGGCGGGUCUGACGGAGGAUCAGCUGAACAGCACCAGCGUCAUCGGAGGGUUGUUUUCUGGUGGGAUCAGGAGGCUGUUGCCCUUUGCUUCAGGGGGGUUCUUGGACUGUUUGAGUCGCCAAAACUUGAGCUGCGGGACGUUCCAGCACAUCGUGUGGGUGUUGAGCGAUGUCAAGAGUGAGGACCCAGAAAUGGUCGCUAAGAAGUUCAUCAUCCACUUCCUCUCACGUCCAGAAGCAGGUUGGGGUUGUUCCAAUGGACUCAACAGCACCGAGUGGUUCAUGAAGAAUCUUGGUUCCUUUUCCGAGUUUGUGCCUGUGGACAAGAUGCUGCAGCUCAAUCCAUACUUCAAACCAUUGGUGGUUAUUGUACACCUGUCUCCACGGCAACUGGCUUCCUUAUUCCUGUUGAAGCAUUCCAACAUUCCUGAUAAAGAGGUCCUCAUUGUAGCAGCGUUUCAUAUGUUCAGCCAGUCUUCAGAUGAGGCCGGAUUUGAUCAGUUCCUGUCCGAACUCGUUCUAAUAGUUGCACAGGCCAACAUGACCUGUACGAACUACGGAACCCUGUUCUCAGGAUUGGACCGGGCCAUAGAGAGGGCUUCUCCUCCAUUCACUGACAAGGUGCAGCGGCACAAGAUAAGCAUAUCUCUGCACCUGCCGGCAGGCUGUGUCAUUUACAGUGGAACGUGCCGCGUGACUCCAGCAAACGAGACGGAGAUCUGUGCCGACGUCAACAGCUCCGUGGUGCAGCAGCACCUGGACAGUUGGAACCUGACUGGACACCAAUGCCUCUUCAGUGUCAAGGAAGUUGCAUGUGCAGAGCUGUCCAUGUUGGAGGCGGCCGACCUAGCGGAGAUCAUGAAGUGUCAUCGAUCCACUAACUCCAGCGGCUCGAGAGCAGCCUGGAAGCUCCUUCUCUCCAAGGCCAACGGUGUUCUGGACAUGUCUCUGGAGCAUGUCGGCACCGAGAUGCUGGACCCCCACAAUCAGGCCACGUCAGUGGUUUUGGAUGUCAUUCAGGAGCUCCGAAUCGACUUCUUCAGCCUGGCCUUCCUCAACGAGCACGAGUUUUCCCAAAAGUGGCUCCAUGGGAAACUCCGCCCCUUCCUCCCAGCGACCUCUCCUGACUUCCUGUCAUGUAUGGCCGUGACAGAUUUCAACUGCACGACGUACCAGGACAUAGUGGCCACCAUGAGCGUCCUGCAUGUCCACAUGCUUCACUCCACACAGGUGGCCGUCUACUCUCACUUCAUCAGGGUGUUCCUCACCAAGAACGACUCAGCAGACCCUGGCUGUGAUUUUAACAGCAACAACACCGGCGAUUGGAUCCAGCUCAACCUCAGAUUCUUCCUCAUUUUUGCCAGCUUCUCCGACCUGCAGAUGUUCCGAGGAAACUUCUCAGGAUUGGAAGUGCUGGAGCACCUGACGACGGCUCAGCUGGGGCAGAUGUGUGCCACGCCCAAUCAGAUCAAGUCUGCUGCAGAGGUUGCCAUGGUGAUGGGAGCCGUCCAGGAUCAUGAGAUGAAGUUUUUCUUUUUGUCCUUCUACUCUGCUUUGAUGAAACAUGGAGUGGAUGUGCCUUCGGCGACGAGGCCCUCCUGGUUGGAGGCCAUGUUGGAGAGAGCAAACCUCGCGCACGACUCAGUGAGCGACGCCGAGGUCGCCGAUUGGAUUCCUGUGAUGGGGCCGUUCAUCGUCGGCUUGUCACAUGCUCAUGCCAACUUGAUCUUCAAAAUACUCAGAGGAAGAGGCUGCAACGUGGAAAAGCUGGGAGUGGAGACUCUUGAAUCUAAAGCCUCGACCAUGAGUGAAACAACCAAGAGUGAAAUCAAUCGCCUGACAUCCCAGAUGGUUGCAGAAGGAAAUUCCCUCCGGUGCAUGGAGCCAGGACAGAGUCUAUACGUGUUCCUGGAGAGCUACUUCGGGAGCUUCGGGUUCCCAAGCUUGACCCAGGUCAUGUCCUUCAUGUCACAGGGCGAGAGGCAUCAGAAGAUAAACUCCAUGUCGCCCUCACAACUGGGGAAGUUCCUCAGACGUCCUAGAGUGGUGGACAGCCACAAAGAGCUCUGCGUUCUCUUCAAGAUCUACACGCUGACCCCCUGGUUCAUUGAGAAGGAACCCCUCGCAGAGGACCUGUACGAGCCGACCAUGGAGUGCGUCUGGCCGUUGGCUCUCGGCAGCGGCAACGGGCGCGAGGCCGAGGCGUGGAAGAAAGGCCUGGACUGGCGCUAUAUGAGAUACAUCAGACGAAGCAUGGUCGGGCCCAACAUUACGCACUCGGCCUCCUGCUUCGGCUUCCAGAUUUUUGUUGCGUGUUUGGGAUCCUCCAACUUCACCGAGACCGAUUUUCAGCCUGAGCAUGUUUAUGAAAGCAUCAAGGACUACCUGCCCUCGUCCUCAGUACCGAGGUGUUACAACAGCAGCCACUCAGAGCUGAACUCCACCGCCUGGUUCGUCUUGUACAUUGGCAAAUUCAUCAACCUCGUCACUGAAGACGACUUCCUCUCAUUUGGGUCUGAGGAGCAUCUGGCAGCGUUCACCGUGAAUUCGGAGUGCCUGGCGCUGCUCAACGCCUCCAAUGUAACCACCGAGGUGAACGAGGUGUACACGGAGCUGAUCUACAUGCAGGACUCGGCGUUUCCCGUGGACAAACUCCCAUACUCCUCCACAUGUCAUGCUCCCGGAGCAGCUUUCACGACGCUGAGUAAAGGAAGCACUGAGUGGAUACUGGGCAUUUUGCGGCAAUUUUGUGUGGACGUGGACACUCAGAUCGCUGCGGCGUUAGCGGGCAACUUUGGUUCCGAUAUCACAGCGGGCAUCAUCUCCAUGCUCGGCAACCAAUGCACCGGGCUGUCGACGGGAGUGCUGAGAGGGUGCCGAUCCGAGGAGAUCUACGGGGGUCGGCACAGACUGGGCGCCGUGCCUGGCUGGAACAUAGGCCAGGCCAGAGCGGCCAUGGAGAAACUCAUGGCGUCAGUGAGUUUCCAGAUGAACGGGCUCUCGAUGGUCGACCUCGGCACGCUGCUCAUUGGUGUCACUGGGGAGAUGUUCUACAACGUCCAGGGCACGGACAUUGUGACGGCUUCUGCGCACUCCAGCUUUGUUACUCAACUGAACGCUGCUCCACGAAUGGCCCGGUUUAUCGCCACCUACAAGAUGGUGUCGUUGUACUCAAACAUCGAGCAGAUGAUGGUCAACAUUCCCGACGACCUGGCCCAAGAGAUCCCGCAAUCUUUUCUGUUCAACUUUCCUGCCGAUGUCGAGGGAAAGAAAAACAUGAACAAGAAAAAGUGGAGUAGAGAUCAGGCUGUGUUUGUCUUACCGGAGCUGGGAUCCGAGGCUUCGGUCUCGGCCAUAGGAAACGUAAACACCUUGUCGUCCGCCGUGCUCCAAGGCUUCACCUGCACCAGCGUUCGAACCUUCAAAACAUCCCAGACUGUAAAACUCAUCAAAGCUUGUCGGAGGAAGAAAGCCAACAAAGUCAAACUGGAGGAAACUCAGUUAACCUGCAUGUACAACUACAUCAAGGGAGACUCCAACGUCACCAGCUAUGGAGACUACCCUGAAGAUAUGCUGCUCUACUACGAUUACUCCCUGGUGCCCAGGGCCCAGUGCAGGGAGUAUUUCAUGGCCAUUUCCGAAGCCGACUUUUACGUCUUUUCGCCCCAACUCGCCUACAUGCGGUCCAAUCUGAUGCUCAACGCCGUCGAUUGUCUGGGCGUGACGGGCAGCAAUCUGACGAAGGAGAAUGUGCAAGUGUUUGGAAACAUGGCCUGCCAGAUCAGCAGCUCCUACAUUCAGAACUCGGAUCCUUACAUCCUGGAAAUGCUGAAAAAGUGCAAUGACCUCACCAGCGUGCAGGCAGAGGCUGUCGAGGCCUUGCUGCUGAGCGGGAGGACGUCAUACGGUGACCCAAGCCAGUGGAAGUUCCGGACUUUGAAGAGCCUUCAGAAUUUGCCUAUGUACAUGAGUUCCAAGUUCUACGACAGCGUUAGAAAAAGACCUAGAAGGAGGUUCCUGAAAUACUACUUCAAACUGCUCCGGAAGACCGUGAGCAAAGAGAAGCUUCAGGCGCUGAAGAAGAGCACGAGAAGAGCGAGGUCAAAGCGAGCUGUGGACAGCGACUGUAGGGUUGGAGAAAUCACCUACGUGACCAUCAAGGGCGAGGAUUUCCCCGGCGAAGAGCUGGAUGUGCAGCAGUUUAAUGCCUGUCUCAGCUCUGACACCGUGAGCAAGUCUCUGGCUGAGAUCGCUGCGAAGGUGGUGGAAGUUGAAUACCAGCAGGUGGUUCUGGAAAAACUGCACCAGGCCUACCCAGCCAUGGUUCCCGAGGAGGAGGUGGAAGUCCUGGGCUUCGUGUCCCGCGCAGCCACCGUCAGCCACGUCGACAAGUGGAUCAUCACGAAGGUCGACACUCUGGCCGCGCUGCUGGACCCGAGCGACGGCCUAGUGGCCAAGGACAUGGCGCAGGCCAUCAUCAUCAGGUAUCUGGCCGCUGGGAACCUGCUCGGCACGGACGAGCUGCGAGCCAUCGGCGGAGCCAACCUUUGCUCACUGAACGGCAGCGUGCUGCAGAACAUUUCACAUGAUGCCCUCAGGGAGGCGGACCUGAAGGACCUCACCACCUGCUCUCUGGAUGGGAAGAAGAUCCUGUUCGCCAUCGCUUUUGUCAGCUUCUCGACAAACACGCGCUCCACCGUCUCCUCCUCCACUUAUAAUCUCAUAAGGCCGUUCCUGGGUGGCGCAACGACAGAAUAUGUAAGAACUCUGGCACAGUCCAACCUCAACGUAGACGUCCCCACGUUCGCCGGUCUGGAUCCAGACGUCCUGCGGAACUUGAGUGUCUCUGACGUCGUGGGUCUGUUGGGGAACCACCUGUCAGACUUGUCACUGUACCAAAACGAAACAGGAGUGAUGGUCUGGAUCGAAAAUCAAUUCCAGGAUGAACUGGACAAACUGAACCUGGGACUGGCCGGCGGGAAGGCCACCCCAACCACCACGCAGCCUACACCCACCAAGAAAAACACAGCGGCCACCACCAAGAAGGUCACUGGCACGAACAAACCCGCCACCACCAAGGCGACCACCCCCGCCGCCGCCGCCACCGCCACCACAGCCAGUAGCCACGGCAACCACAUCAAAGCAGACGCCAGCCUGUUCUUCACCCUCCUGCUCCUCCUCACCCUCACCAGGGCAUCUUCAUGAGCUCAGCCGAUGUCACUCGCCAUUUUAACUUAUUCAACUCUGGUGGUUUGACUUAAUCAAGCGGGGACCAAUAAUCGGGGACUCAUCUCCUGAGGAUCAAAGAUCUGACUCAUCUCUUGUCUGUCAACAAUAAACCAAUGAUCAA